AUGAAAAGACCUCUCCUAGACAUGCACGUGGCUCCCUCUUCGUCAUGGUCGACGAAUGACAAGCCACGGAACAUUACAAUCACAAACUCCACAGGCAGCACUCAGAGCUACGCCCUGUUCGCCGACACGCCAAAGAUCACACCAGGCAUACCAGUGAUCAUCAACAACAUCAUCCUAGUCCUGCGCGGCGUAGCUAGUGCCUCUAGCCAAGCGUACUUUACGCUUCCCAAGUCUCCCUUCUACGCCGUCUGCGGCACAAGCUACUGCGGGGAGUCCACGGUCGAGACUACAGUCGAGGUUCUGGAUUCGAGACCUGUUGAGGUUGGGCACAAGGCAGAUGACCAGACGUUGGUAGCGGGUACUACGCUGGAGCUAGUCAUCAAGAGGGGAACGCCCAACUUUGCAAACAGGCCUGAUAUCGUACCUACUGGCCAUGAAGGAUGUUUCUGUAUUCGGACCAGCAGUGAGUUUACGCAUAGUCAAGCACGUGCCGGGGACUUUGUCGUCGGCAUCUCGCUGUUCAAGAAGCUAUCACGCUACUUCGGGCCAUUUGCUACGUUCCGACCUGCGCCUGGGGCUGAGUACCAGAUCCAGCCGCUGAACCGUUUCUACCUCGCUGUUGGAGAUUACGAUGUGCGCUCGCCUGCACCGAAAGGUCUUGAGACGAGGAGUUGUCUGAUUGACUUUAAUGUUUUGGAGUUGGAUAAUGUGCAGGUUCACCAUACGGAGACGGGUCGGUUGUUUGUUAAGUCGGAUUUUAAUGAGGACUGA